UGAAGCGCGAUGUUUGAAUUGGUUGAUUCAGUGGACGCCUUGAGGGAAGUGUCUAUGCACAAAACAAGGGGCAUCGUCAGGUAGCAUUUCAUGGCUAGAUAGAGCAAGUUGUUUCUGUUUAAAAGGGUCGUUUUUGGGGGGGUUGCAUUUACGAAGAUAACUCACCGCGACUGACGAGCUCUGUGAUCACCAGAAUCUCAAUUCAGUCACCCAAAAGGUUAUGGCGUUGUCUAUGGCAUCUCCGUGUGGAGUCCUGUCUGACGAGGAGGAGGGGGGCAUGGCUGUGUUUGAAUCCACGGCAGCUGACAUCGGUGGCCUAGUAGGACAACGACUGAACGAAGUGACUCUGCCUGAGAUCUCCAUAAUCUCCCCUGGACUAGAACCUCGGCCAUCCAUCAGAGAGAAAGCAUUGGCAAAGCCUGGGGUGAUCAGACAAGGCAGCGGUGGUGAGGGGAACACUGACAAAGUGAAGGUGUUUCUGCGUAUCCGCCCACUGACUGAGGGAGAGAAGGAAAGGGGAGAGGAACAGGGCUGUGUGUGUGUGCAAAACAAAGAGAGCCUGAUGCUCAAAGCCCCCAAAGACUCCCAGAACAUGAAGAGUGCAGAGAGGGGAGUCGCCCAGAGCAUGCACAAGUUCAGCUUCUCACAGAUCUUUGGUCCAGAGACCAAACAGCAGGACUUCUUCGAGAGCACCAUGAAGGAGAUGGUGAGAGACGUGCUUCGUGGAGAGAGUCGGCUCCUCUACACAUAUGGUGUCACCAACUCUGGCAAGACCUACACCAUUCAGGGAGUGGGUCGUGAGGCAGGCCUCCUGCCCCGGGCCUUGGUGUCUUUGUUCAGGAAGUUGCAGGGCCGCCUCUACGGGGCCAUGGACCUCAAGCCUGUCCUCCACCAGGAGGUACGCCAGCUGGAUGCCGGUGAGGUCCGGGCUGAGGAGAUCCGCAGAGACGCUCUACUCAAAGAGGAGGAUGACAUGACUUCUCGGAUGAGAGGCGGCACUAGUACCUGGGACAGCGGCAUCGGUGGACACUCCAUAACCAGCCACAUCGCCACCCAGCUAGAGGACUCUGACAGUGUAUGUCUGGAGCCAGACAGCCUGUCUCACAGCGGAGGGGAGGAGCUGGAGGAGGGGGUUCAGUUCUCUGUGUGGGUGUCCUUCUAUGAGAUCUACAAUGAGUUCCUGUACGACCUGCUUGAGGCUCUGCCCUGCCUGCAGCCUAAGAAGAGGGCCAUCCUGCGGCUGAGUGAUGACAAGCAGGGGAACCCUUACGUCAAGGAUCUCACCUGGGUGCAGGUCCGCAGUGCAGAGGAGGCUUGGAGAGUGCUCAGGGCUGGCCGGAGGAACCAGAGCUUUGCCAGCACUCACCUCAACCAAAACUCCAGCCGCAGCCACAGCAUCUUCUCCACCCGGAUCCUGCACGUCCACCCAGAGGCUAACCAGGGCCAGGCCACACGCAUCAGCGAGCUGUCUGUCUGUGACCUGGCUGGCUCAGAGCGUUGUAAGGACCAGCGCAACGAGGAGAGGAUGAAGGAGGCCAACAAUAUCAACACCUCCCUCCACACCCUGGGCCGCUGUAUCGCUGCUCUGAGGCACAACCAGAACAACAAGUCGCGACCCCCUCAGGUGGUGCCGUUCAGAGACAGUAAACUGACACGGGUUCUUCAGGGCUUCUUCUGCGGCCGCGGGCGCUCCAGCAUGGUGGUCAACAUCAACCCCUGUGCCUCCACCUACGACGAGACCCUACAGGCCCUCAAGUUCUCUGCCAUCGCCACACAGCUGGUCCAUGGGCCGUCCACUAAAACCCGAGUGGCCUACAUCCUGUCCCUGCUGCGGGAGCCCCGGUCUCACUCCAAUGACAGCACUCUGAUUGAGGAAGACGAGGACAGCGAUGAAGAUGGGGACAUCACCAUGUUUGAUUCAGAUGCUCUGCUGCGGGCCAUCGAGGUACUGAAGAGGGAGGUGCAGAGGCAGCGGGAAGAGAAGGAGGUGCUGGAGGCCACCGUCAGAGAGCAGGUGUUCUCUGAGAUGAUGGAGGUCAUCUCUGGCAUGGAGAAGGACUUCAGCCAGACCCUGGAGACAGAGAAGGCUCUGAUGGAGGAGAGGUUUGAGGACAAGAUCAACAACCUGCAGAAAAGCCUCAAGAGAUACUACAACCAGGAAAUAGAGGAGCGUGAUGAACAGAUUGAGGCACUGACUGCAGCCCUGGAGAAAAAGGGAGGUGUGUCCCUAGCAGAGCCAGCCCCACUCCCCCUCUUCCCACCCCUAGCCCUGGGAGGAGAGGCUGAGGGCCCCACGCCCCGUCGCUCCCAGCGCCUGGCCUCCACAACCACAGGAGAGCUGAGCAGAGUGAGGGCUGAGCUGGACCAGUGUCGUGCCGAGCUGCUGGAGAAAACACAAGAACUGAGGCGUGUCCAGGGGCAGCUCACACCACCAGAGCACUCCGACGCCCUGACCAAUGCUGCCGACCGCAAGCUGGGGGAGGGCCAGAGGAACCUGCGUCAGUUGCGUCUGGACCUGCAGAGGCUGGGUCUGAACCUGCAGUCUGGAGAGAGGGCAUGCUGCCGUAACACUGGUGGGGAGAGGCUGCGCCAUGCGCUCACCACUGCAGACCACACACUGGCCAAACAGGACCAGACCCUGGUAGAGCUACAGAACGGCCUGCUGCUGGUCAAGGCUGACCUGAGGAGGAAGGCGGAGACCCUGGCCCAGAUGGGUCAGAUGCCCCCCUGUGGCUCGGCCUCUGCUACUCCUGGCUCCUGUCAGAAGAGGGGCUGUGGGGCAGCAGGCAACGCUGAGAACCAGCCGCCAGAGAAACGACACUUCUUCCGCUCCCUUUUCCCACAACACACCCCGUCACGAAACGGACAACAGGGACGCCCCCGUGAACCUCAAACCACACCCUACUCACGGAUCCUUCGCUCCCGCCAACAGUCCCCUCCCCCAAGUCCCGGCCCCUCUGGCAGGUACAGGGUUACCAAGUGCUGACUUUAUCCUCUACUGCUAUGCAAACCAAUUGUAAAUCUGUACUAUUUUGCAAUUGUUUUUUAAAUGACUUUAUUUCAAGUGUUACUACAGUAUCUGCACUGCUAAGCUGUCUUCCUUAGGAAUGCAAAAGUUGUUUUUGUAGUGGACUCUGGUAUACCUGAGUAUUAAACACAAUGCUACAAGAUUCUGGUUGAAUGAGGACUGAUGCACAUAUUACCUCCUGCUAAAGUGCUUUAAGAGUUGUUACUAUUAGACAUUUACAUUGCAUUCUCUAAUGUAAAGGUUUUGCUUUCAAUGUUUGUCCAGUCUUUCAAUAUACUUUGGUGCAACAGUAAAAUUUAUAAUAAAAUCUUGUACACUUUA